AUGACGGACAUGGAACGAACCAUUUUGGAUCAUUACCAACUUUCAUCUCCAUAUCCCACAGAAUGGCCGGCAGAUAAGGAUACAAGUGAUGCCUCGGAUGAGGAUGACGAAGCUCCCAAGUCAAAGCAGAAUGGUUCAAAGGCAGCAGCUGUUGCGCGCAGAAAGUCGAAAUACUUCGCUCUCGAGAAAGCUAGUGAUCGCAAAAGUCUUAUUCCCAAUUCACAAAAGUCAGGCGACGGAGUAGAGAACUUGGUUCAGAGGGACGAGCCAGACCCUUUGGGAAGUACAGAUAGCGUUGUCAGAGUUCUCCGGCAGCAAGGUCUACCUGUGCAGGACGACAUAGCACUGCGUAAUAGGUUUCUCUUGUCCUCAACAACGUUCUCGCCGGCCUUAUUUUUAUCGCAAGUUCAUUCUACCGCCUCUACGCAAGACCUUUUACGAGGACUAGAUCUUCUCUCUAGGUCCAUUGACCAGAAAUCCGCUUCCCUGAAGGUCCUCGUCGAAUCGAACUUUGAACGCUUCGUGCGUGCUAAAGCCACAAUAGACAAUGUUUAUACGGAGAUGAAGUAUCGAGGGGCAGAACCACCUACAGCUUCCCGCCCUAGACCUCAUUCCCGCCAUGCCAGCAGAAGUAGUUUUCGAGCGAGCAGUGGUAAUCAGAUUGGAAUGACAACUCCAGCGCCUUUGGAUGUUAGAAAGAAGAACGCAUUGAUGAAAGAAAGCGAGUAUGGUGUGCUUGGAAUCAAAACACCCCUUCUAGAUGUCUCAGCAAAGGCAGAAGAGGUUUGGGGCCCGGCAUUAGAUGGAAGAGAGAAGGAGGACAGUCUGAAAGUACUGGUUGGAACCGUUGAUCGAUACAAAGAAUACUACGAGGUCAACGCUGCCAUUACCGAUAGUAUCAAGCGGAAAGAUUAUGAAAGUAUUGUCGAAGAAUAUACAAAAGCAAGACGGUUCGCAGAUGAUGCAAAGAAACUCACUGAAACCUUAGGAAAUACACCGCCGACUGAUCCUCAGAUACACCAAAUCCUUCUGGCUGCCCGCGUAUGGCAUGAUGUCGAAUCGCAGAUCGAGGACUUUAAACGCGACAUGUGGAAGAAGUUAUCAUUAGCACAAGGCUCUAGCAAAAUGGAUGGAUUCAUGGGCGCUCAGCAGGAUCAACAUAUGGAACUUAUUAGCAUAUUACUUGAGUUAGGGGUCACGGAUAAUCCUAUUUGGGUUUGGUUACUGAGUCGUUAUGAUCACCUUAAGGUCAAAAUCCAAACGACUUCGGACCGCGCGAGAGUAGAGAUCGAAAUUCUACGACGGAGAUUAGCUAGUGCUGAAAAGCCUGCAUCUCAAAUCAUAGCCACUCACCUGCGGUCGCUUGGACGCCAAAUUGUAGACAACAAACAGGUUUCAGUGGAUUCUCCAGACAUCAUCGAGUUGUGGGAGAAAAUGGACUCUUUCCUCCAUAGCAUGAUCUCCGCGCAAGGUGUUCUUGGCGAAGUGACAGAAUAUUGGCAGACUGUUCAAGGUUUCAUCGAUGGUAGGACACAGAAAGCUUUACCUGUAGGAAUAAAUGGAAAGUCUCGAGAGCACCAUAGGCUUUCUGAUGAGAACAUUAUCGAAUUGCAACAAGGAACAGUUCAGCUAGUUGAUAUGCUUCGGGAAAGUAUAUAUGAAUUGUUCGUCCUUCCUCCAAUUGAGGAUAUAUCAGCAUUGUUUUCACCUCUACCACCUACGCCACGGACACCAAGAACGGCUGAUUCAUUGACUCCCUCUGCCCUUCGAGGUUCUCGAUUCGCAUUUGAUCCCAACAACCUACCACCUCCAUCUCCGAAACGAGGGGAGGCUUGGGAAAAAUUUGCAUUCUGGCCGCCAUGGUCAAACUCGGCCAGUGGCGUCCAUUAUCUAGCCAAAUUCUUGACACUCGUAGGUUCUGGCGCAAGCGAGAUGUCGGGAUUAUACCCGGUGAUUAACGGAGAUGGUUCAGUUUUAGAACGAUUGAAGGCUCUUGUUGGAGGAAUGCGCGAGAGAUGCGUAACUGCAAUACUCGCAGCAUGGAAUAAAGAUGCUGAAAACAUCAAAGUCUUGGAAGAUUGGAGGCGUUCACCAGACAAACGAGAUUUGACCAGGAUGCCAGCCAAUUUUAGUGCCUUCGAAAGUGCAAUCCUCAUAGGCAUGCAAAAGAUCCUUUACAUCUCUGACGCAUCAAUCAAGCCAGGCUCGGCCGACAUUGUUCUCCCUCCACCGGCAAAGCUCUUGCAAAUGGUUCGUAGUCAGUUUGUAACGACCCUAUAUAAAGCACUGAGUGGGAUGGUAGAGAAUGCAGAAAGGUCUAUUAAAAAGGCAGAAGAUGAUUGGACUACUGAUACUGAUGGUUUGGCAACUCCUGUGGCUAUGGUUGUUGCUACAAGCAUGGAUGCUGGAAUUGUCGAUGCUAGUGACCGCGCCCUUCGUGUCGAUGUUGUUCCAAACCUUACAACGCAGUUUGAGAAUGCAUUUUCUGUCAAGCUUACAGAGGAAGCUAAGACAAUAAGAGAUGUCCUCGGCCAAAUUGAUGCUCGUCUGUUCCAAUCUUAUACUAAACCUACUGUUGAGACUCUCCGCAGCAUCGUGCGUUGUGGAAUUCUAGCACCGGACUGGGCGCCAACAGAACAGCCAAAAGAAGUUCGUCCUUACGUAUAUGAGGCUCUAUUGUGUCUUGUAAUCGUCCAUACCCAAGUAUCCACAACUGCCUCUUCCCUCACUGGUCAAGUACUCUCUUAUCUCUUAGAGCAAGUGUCUUUGGAAUUCUUGGAGGCCUUCAAACAACGCCAACGCUUUCCGCUCAAUUCCCUUAUUCAAGCUACUCUCGAUAUCGAGUUCGUGGCACAGACCAUGAAUCAGUAUACAACAGAACGAGCAACCGAGACUUCAAGUCAGAUUUAUCAGGAGUUGGAUAAGGGAACAGAUGGAGAGGCGAGAGCAAGGUUACAAAAAAUACUUCCAGGAAUGAGGGGUGAUUUAAAGAAGUUAAGGGAGGCGAGUAAGGGUGAAUUUUCUUGCUUCAAGAAAGUAAGGAGUGGUAAUAAGGCGGACAGGACGGCUAGCUCCAGUACUCAAAGUACAGUUUAG